GAAAAAAACUCAUCCGCAAUUUCAUCAGCCAUGUCGUACGAUUACCUCUUCAAGUACAUAAUCAUCGGUGACACAGGUGUGGGAAAAUCGUGCCUGCUUCUGCAAUUUACUGACAAGAGGUUCCAACCAGUCCACGAUCUCACCAUUGGUGUCGAGUUUGGUGCCCGGAUGGUCACCGUCGAUGGACGCCCCAUCAAGCUGCAAAUUUGGGAUACCGCUGGACAAGAAUCGUUUAGAUCCAUCACCAGAUCAUACUACAGAGGAGCAGCCGGAGCUUUACUGGUUUACGACAUUACCAGGAGAGAGACGUUUAACCAUCUGGCGAGCUGGUUAGAGGAUGCUCGGCAACAUGCAAAUCCUAACAUGAGUAUUAUGCUGAUUGGGAACAAAUGCGAUCUUGCUCACAAGAGAGCUGUUAGCAAAGAGGAGGGAGAACAGUUUGCCAAAGAACAUGGACUGUUGUUCUUAGAAGCAUCUGCAAGAACGGCUCAAAACGUUGAGGAGGCCUUCAUAAAGACUGCAGCAAAGAUCCUCCAGAACAUUCAGGAAGGCGUCUUUGAUGUAUCCAACGAGUCAUCAGGCAUUAAGGUCGGCUACGGGCGUCCUCAAGGUGCAGCUGGAGGAAGAGAUGGUGCGAUCUCACAGGGAGGUGGCUGUUGUGGUUAA